UUGAGGCGUUUCUCCUACACAGCUCACUGGGCGUGAAAACUGAGUUUACCCGACCUUUUCUCGAUUUACCUGAGCGAGGGGAUGCCCUGCCUUCACUCUGAAGCGCUGGAGUCCAUGGAGUCUGGCAGCAUGACACCCGGGGCAUCUUCUGACGCUGGCGCAGGGUCAGUCCGCAGGGAAAUCGUGAGCGACCCGCCGAUGUUGCAAAGCACGGGUUGGUUCUUCUCCCCACUGUGGAGCCCGCGGUGCAGGACGCGUAGCAGGAAGUUUGGAGACGGUACGAGAAACUACCAAGAGGAAGCGUGGUUGGAUGACCACUCCGACUUCACAAAGGCAUACUUUUUACGCAGAGCUUCAGCGGCCAGUUGUCCGCAGACAGAGAUGUCCUCACUAAUGUCAAGGUUUCCAAGGAGCAGCUCUGACCAUUCUGACCUGCUGAUGAAGGCUCCUUAUCGAAGAAAUUCUUCCCCACUGAAAAGCCCAGACCUGAACAUUUCGACUUUAACAGACAGGCUCAAACCCCUUGCUUCAAAUCUCAGUGUCCCUGAAUGGAUGGAUCACUUGAAUCCAGAUGUUAAAGACAGCCUUUCCCCUUGCUCUCCCUGCUUACCUCGCUGUUCUCAUUUCCAGUUUUCUCCCUGCCAGCAACCUUCUUACAUUUGCCCCUGUUCCCCGAACGUGCACCACUCUCCACAGUUUUUGUUACCCACUGCUACAAAUGCCAUAACAUGUGGCCAUGGUGAUGGCUGCCCUUGGAUGACGGGGCUCCUGGGAGAAGGCCUACGCUGGGUGGAUUCUUUAGCAGAGCUCUGCCAGGGGGCUGUCAUCCAUGCUGGAGAGCUGCUGGGAGCUGAGGGUGGUUCCCUCUCUCUCGUACGGAAAGACUGUGGUGGAAGGAGUAAUUUGGAGGAGGUGAUAGCCCUAACAUCACUGGGGCAAUUGAAUGAGGGCAGUCUGUACAGCCAUGCUCAUCUGGAACUGGUGAAGGGUAUCAUGGGAUGCGUUCUGGCUACAGGUUCACCAAUAAAUCUGAGAGAUGCAUCUGAGGAUCCCAGAUUCAACUCAGAUAGUGAUCAAGCAUCAAAGAUCAGGACUGUUCUGAGUGUUCCCAUCAGCAACCACAGGGGAGAGGUGGUAGGUGUACUGGUAAUGAUCAACAAAAAAAAUGAUUGUGAUGGGUCACUUUCUGUUUUUACAAACAUGGAUGAAAAGGUGCUGUCAAAUCACAUGGAUGUGUUGGGAAUGGUCCUGGAUAACGUCCAGCUGUAUGAAAGUGCGAGACAGGAGGCUAAACGCAGUCAGGCUUUGAUAGAGAUGGCACAGGUAUUGUCAAAGGAGCACCAUUCCUUUGAAGUUAUGGUGAGUAAGAUGGCGGCCACCAUCAUGCCCUUCACACGCGCUCAGUACUGCACCAUCUUCAUCCCCAGCGAGCAAACUUCAGACACUAAACAAAAGAUUUCAUUCUCAAGAGUUAUACAUUUGGAGUGUGAGGAGCUCGGCUCAACCUGCCAGAUCUACAGAAGGGAGCAUGACAUCAGGGAUAUAGAUCCAUCGUAUGCCUUUCGAACCCUGACGUCUAUGGAAACACUUAAUAUGUCGAAGAGCUCUGAGGAAUCAAAAAGGAGUCUCAUCUGCUGCCCUGUUAGAAACGAGAGAUCUGAAAAUGUUAUCGCCGUGUGCCAGCUGAUGAACAAGCAAAGCAGAGACUCAGAUGAAAUGGAACCCUUUAACCGAUAUGAUGAGCGCCUCCUGGAAGACCUGGCAGUGUACUGUGGCCUGGCUCUACAGUAUGCUCAGGCUGUCCAGAUCACUGAAGAGAGGAGGGCCAGCAUAGAGGUCACACAGGAGGUCCUUGCCUACCACAUCACUGCAGCAGAGCAGGAAAUCCAGGCAUUGCAGGAGGCCACUAUUCCUUCUGCUGAAUCACUGCAUAUUCUCGACUUCCAUUUCUCUGGUUUCGGCCUGCCAGAAGAUGUGACCACACAAGCCACCAUUCGUAUGUUCCUGGAUCUCAAUUUGGUGCAAGAUUUUAACAUAGAUUACAAGAGUCUUUGCCAGUGGGUCCUGACUGUGAAACGUGGCUACAGGAACAACGUUCCCUAUCACAACUGGCACCAUGCAGUGAGCACUGCUCAAAGCAUGUUUGCAAUGCUCAUGUCCACAGGCCAACUCCAGAACAUUUUUUCCCGUUUGGAGAUCUUAGCAUUGAUGAUAGCCACUCUGAAUCAUGAUGUUGAUCACAGAGGAGUCAAUAAUUCCUUUAUAGAAAGGACACAUCAGCCUUUAGCUCAGUUGUAUGGACACUCCUCUCUUGAGAACCACCACUACAACCUGUGUGUCUUCAUCCUAAAUAACACUGGGAGUCAGAUUCUCAGUGGUCUGUCUGCUGAAGAGCACAAAGCUCUACUACACAUAAUCAAAAGGGCAAUCCUUGCCACUGACCUGACCGUCUACAUGGAAAGACGACGAGAGUUCUUUUCUCUUACUAAAAAAAGCGGAGUGAGCUGGAAGAGUGAGAAACAAAGAGAUUUGCUCAGGUCAAUGCUGAUGACAGCUAGUGACCUCUCUGCUAUCACAAAGCCUUGGCCUGAACAAAAAAGAAUUGCCAGUCUGGUUGCCAUGGAGUUCUUUGCACAGGGGGACAAAGAGAGGGAAGAGUUCAAAAUUAAACCCAUUGACAUAAUGAACAGAGAAAACAGCACUCGACUGCCAUAUAUGCAGGUUGAAUACAUUGAUGAAGUCUGCUAUCCUCUCUACAAGACUGUAUCAAGACUGUUUGACUCCUGCUCUCCACUGCUCAAUGGGUGCAAGAAGAACAGAGAAAAUUGGCUGCAACUUGCUGAUGAACAAGAAAAAGAAAACAAUGAAAAUAGUAUUAUAGCCCUGGCGACACAUGAAGACAUUAAGGGCGAGACACAGACAGAGGACUGAAGAGGAGAUGAAGACACGUGGAAGCAAAAAGGAAGCUUGCUCAUGUGUUGUCUCUUCAUUCUUCUAACUACACACUGACCCGGUGCUCACACAUCAGAACUGUGAUGACUAAAUUAGUUACUGGGUUAUACAGUGGCCCUGAUAGUUAUAAUUAUUCCUGCAGUUAUGUCCCAAAUAACUUAAAGGAUAUUGUGCCACAUAUAUUAUGGUAAAUGAAAUGCAUUUAUAUAGUGAUGUUUCGAAUCUUAUCAGCCUCUGGAAGCACUUUAGCCUACAAGCCACAUUCACACAGGGCUUUUAUUCUAUAUAUAGUGUUUUUGCUAUGACACCAAUAUAUUAGAGGCAGGAUUUGGGAGUACAGUUCAACAUGCAGAACUGAGAAGCUGAGGCUUCAACUGACCUUCUAGUUAGGGGAUGACCUGCUCUGCUUUCACAUUGAUCCCACAUUGAUUUGUCUCCUUGGCAGUGAAGCUGUGAAAGUCAGAGAAAUGAAUUAGAUUUUUUUCCCGCACCGUAUCUGUGUGUAUUUGUAUUGUGCUACACUGGAUUUUGUAAGCCCUGGAUCCAGAUUUGCAACUGUAUAAAUACUAAGAUAUUUAAGAAUAUCCCUUCCACAUACUGUCAAAUUAGUACAGUCAUCAGUAGCACAAUCAAAUUUGUGAAACUUUUAAUCAACUAUUUAUUUUAUUAGACUACUGAAAUCUCCAUAUUUAUUUAAUUUGAUCUGAUUUUGUUUCCAUAAUGGUUCUGUGGAGCAUUUUGCCUCUGUGCUAAUGCUAUUAAUUGUUCACAUUCAAGUCUCAGAGUUCCUAGCUUAUCUGAAAAUGAGCAAAACUGUUCAUAAGAAAUGUUAUUUCCGCUAUUUGAAACAGAACAAUAAAGGGAAAGCUAUUGUUCACCACACAUUUUACAGCAUAUGUUUUUAAAACAUUAUGCAGCGUAAUAUGUUAAAUUAUUGUUACAAACCUCCUGUAUAAUCCAGAUAACUUUUUGACAAUAAACGGAAAAAGUAUG